AUGGCCUUCAAGAACGGACUUAGUGAACGCCUCGAUGAGUUGCGAUUCCCUUCUCCGCGCUCGCCGCCGUCCGAAUCCCCGUUCCCUGGUUAUACGUCGCUUUCCCCGGGCCAUUCCAACUUCGUGUCCGCCUUUUCGCGUCCGUCGGGUGAUGUCCGUGCCAACCUCCAACGCCGAUUCACCACGGACUCUAGUAAACUGUCGUCAUGGAGCUACCUGAAUCAUCUUGGAGGAGCGCCCCAGGCUCCGGAUCCGUUAGACCUGUUGUCAUCGUUCGAAAAGAAACGCCAGCACAUCGAGUACAUGCGAGAGCAAAAGAGGAGGUUUGAAGAGGAUAUGAAGCUUCUUGAUCUGCAACACGAGAAGGAAAAACUUGAGAUGGAUCAGCUUGCACAACGCCUGGCCAAGGCUGGCAUAUCUGGACCUGCAAGCGAGCCUACGACUCCUCCAGAGACUCGUGAAAAUGGCUUUCCUGGUGGCUUCACCCGCCCGACUCGCUUUUCCACGUCCAGCGUCACUUCAUCUCCUGGAUUCUUCAAUGUCUUUGCUCCCUCACAAGUGACCAGCCCCCCAGGCCAGGCAGACAAUACCGCUUCUCAUACCUCAGCGAACCGUUUUUCGGUUCACUCUGUCCCAGGGUCUCGCAGAAACUCUGAGAUGGAAGACUUUGGCCAGGAGCCUGCUUCACCUUUCCGUCCAGGUCCUUCGAUCCACCGCUAUUCAAUGCCUUCAGCGGGCUUGGGCUCGCAGAUUCGCCCAAAUACCUCGAGUUUCUCCAACAACUCUGGUCUUGAGUCCUUCAACGCAGCCAAGUUUCUCUUCAAUGACGACGAUAGAGCUACUCUCAAAGAAGAGGAUCGGAUCCCAACCCCUGACAUCAAGAGCUAUCUGAAACUCACCGAUCCUGACGACAAAUUCCCAACUCUGUCUCGCAGAGACGAUUCGGGCUUGUUGUCUGCAAACUCGGACGCGUUGGAUCUUGCAAACUCCAAGACUCCUAACCCGGAGAAUUGGAACCAUAGUCGGCAUCGCACUUCUCACCAAAGCAUGCCACAAAACGCGCUCAACAUGUUCCGACUCGACCAGAUUGGUUCCAGCGAUUCCAACGCCAACACAUCGAAUUCGGCGAAACACGCUGCCCGACACUCUCUGGAAGCCAACCUUCUCUACAACUCGGAAGGAAGUCACGAAAGCAUGGCGUCGAAUGCUGCUUCAGGCCGGCCUAACUCCCUCCAGUCGUCUUACUCGACAAAUGACCUGCCCACCGUCAAAGGAGAUGGGUUUAACCCGGCUAUCACGCCUCCCAAAACACACGCUGAACAGAUCCAUCAGCACAACGCCAGUCUGGGACGGAUUCCAUCUGCUGCCACCACCCCUCGCCAGCAGCGAGACUCCCCGGAGCGGGACGACGCGAAGCUAAACGGUGCUCGAGCUCAGACAACUGCCCUUCAAGCGAACGCGGCUCCUUUUGGGCCCCAAGUUGCAGCCACAGCCCCCGGAACGAGCCCUACCACGCCUGCGCCGGCGACUGGUUUCCAGCCACCAUUUUACGGCUAUGGUCUCCAGACCUACAUGGGAGCCCCAGUACCUGUUAACGGACAGAUGCAGAACUAUAGUCCCAAUGCCUCUUAUGGCGGGUACCCCCCCUAUGGAAACUUCCGGCUCACCGAGAAUCCACCCAAAGGAGCUUCGUCUCGCCGAGCCACCGAAAGUGACUCUGCCCAGCUUUCACGCUUCACUAACUUCCCCCUUGAGCACUACCGGGGAGAGCUGUAUGGACUCUGUAAAGACCAACAUGGUUGCCGAUACUUGCAACGGAAGCUAGAGGAGCGCAAUCCGGAACACGUGCAAAUGAUCUUCGAAGAAACCCAUCUGCACGUUGUGGAGCUGAUGACUGAUCCGUUCGGUAACUACCUAUGCCAAAAAUUGCUUGAAUACUCCAACGACGAACAGCGCACGGCGUUGAUCAACAAUGCGGCCCAUCAGCUCGUCAAAAUCGCCUUGAACCAGCACGGCACCAGGGCGCUGCAGAAAAUGAUUGAGUUCAUCUCUACCUCCGAACAAACGCAGACAGUGAUCCAGGCUUUGCGAGAUCACGUCGUCGAUCUAGUUCAGGACCUGAAUGGCAAUCACGUUAUUCAGAAGUGCCUGAACCGUCUCUCCGCCGAUGAUGCCCAAUUCAUCUAUGACGCCGUUGGUGGUAACUGUGUCGUUGUUGGAACCCACCGUCAUGGGUGCUGCGUCCUUCAGCGCUGUAUCGAUCAUGCUUCCGGCGAGCAGCGAGCUAGGCUCAUUGCCCAAAUCACCUCCAACGCUUUUGCACUGGUCCAGGAUCCCUUUGGAAAUUACGUGGUACAAUACAUUCUUGAUCUGGCCGAGCCUCACUUCACCGAGCCACUUUGCCAAACUUUCCGAGGAAACAUUCCGGCCCUGUCCAAGCAGAAGUUCAGUUCCAAUGUGAUCGAAAAAUGCCUUCGGACUGCAGAGUUCCCAAUCCGCCGUCAGAUGAUUGAUGAGAUGCUGGCAGGCGCCGAGCUCGAAAAGAUGCUCCGUGAUUCCUUCGCAAACUAUGUUGUACAGACUGCUAUGGAUUUCGCGGACGUCGAUACUCGAACUCGGAUUGUGGAGUCUAUUCGCCCUAUUCUGCCGUCCAUUCGCCAGACUCCUCAUGGACGCCGUAUUGCAGGUAAAAUGAUGGCUUCCGAGGGUUCCGGGAGAGGAAGUGCGUCGACAAGUGGACAGGCGACCCCGAACGAGAUGAACUCAGCGCAGCUCCCAGGACCUUUGCAGAAACCAUUCUUGUAUCAACAAAACCCUUUCCCCAUGGGCUCCCAGUUUGGGACUCAGAACUUUGUUCCUGCUUCCGGAACUGGUUCCGCUUCGAACACCCCGUCCGGUGGACCAAGCGAAAAUUCUUCAGCUAUGUUCCCACCUCCUGUUCAACAAGCCAACGGCGGCCUUGGUGCGCAGGGCCCGCUGUAUGCAUACUUUUGA